GGGACCUUGUCUCUAAAAUGAAAAUUAAAAGGGAAAACAUGAUCCUCCAGGAGCUGAGGUCACUGCCUGGGGCUCAGCUGCUCCUGACAGCACAGUUCUGGGCGGCUGACCCUGGCCUGCCUGCCCUGCCACCGGGAGCCCCGGGCUCUGGAUCCUCACCCUCUGCAAGGUGCCUCCCUGGGCGGAACUGCCCUGCCCUGUGCUUUAUGGAGCCCAGGCCCUCGGUCUGGAUCCUAGAAGGGGGCGCCUGGUGUCCCGGCUUCGUCACUUGUCCCCAGCUGCAGCCUUAGGAGUUGCCUCCGUCUGAGGCUGCUGGCGGUUCCUUUUCCUUUAGAGGAAAUGAUUCCCCCGCUGAGCCUUGUUUAGUUGUGCGUCACGUUGAGGUGUCUGGCCUUGGGUUGAAAACGCUACCUCUUCCAUCAGAAAACCGGUCACCUAAGAGCUGUUCCAAGUUACAGGUGGUGCCGGAGAACCGUGCUGCCCGGCGCUGCUCCAGGGACGUGGGGCGUGAGCGCUGCAGCCUUACCUAGGUCGGCGGUUGGGGCCUCACAGCAGAAACUCAGACCAGACCCGGCCACCCAGGCCCCCAGCUGCGGUGCGGAACACUGCACUUCUCUGGUGACUCCACCGAAACUCAGAGGCGCUCGGGGCGCCAGGUGCUCGUGCGUGGCGAUGCUGGCAUUUUGUUAGCUGGUGGGUGUAAAACAGAACGUGAGGGUGUCGUUCCUUGGGGGCUGCUGGAGAGGAGCUUGGCUGCAGUGCUGACCAGGUGCUGAUGCGGUAGCCCCUGCCUUGGGUCUGGGGUAGCGGGAAGCCGGCGUCACGGGCGUCUCUGGGACCCCAGGCACGCUCUCCCCCUGGAUGACACCCUAAGGCUGCGUCUCUGGUCCCGGGGAGGGAGCCAUUUCUAAAUGUGCCCUGGUGGCCCUUGAGGCUGUGUGAGGUCGGACAGUUCACAAAACCCUGUUUAAGGCAGUUGUCAUUUUUAGAUCAGUUGCUUUACAAACUUUUUUUGCACAUACAAAACUCUUCUCUGAAUCUCCUUCCAAAAGCAAGCUGUCAUCUUUCUUGCCUCUGAUGUUCAGAGCGACUUUAGGUUAAUGCUGCUUGGAUUUAUUUUGUGCAUGGUGGGGAGAGGUAGGUGCCAGCACCAUCCCUUCCCAUGCUGGGUUCCUGAGAGAAGCUUUGCCACUUGACUGGGCUGUCCCUGCUGCUUCGCCUCUCGGAGGGCACGUGGGUGGUCCAGGUUUCCUUGGCGGAACAGAGUCGUGACCUACCCAAGGAAGUGGGGGGCACGCUUGUGAGCACAGCAUGGGGGCUGCCCGGGACCCCGGCUUCCCCCAGGUCUCUGGUUCCUCAGAGGGCCCCAGAGCAGGUGUGCCUCGAAGGACUGGGGUUUUGAGAUGGGCACAGGCGCGCUCCAGCAGCCCUGGCGACCUUGACCUUGUGGAAUUAGUCAGCUGCCCCUCCUGGGGUUGCCCCCGGCUACCGUACGCCUCCAUGACGUCACAGGACAUCGCGGGAGGCAUCUUUUUAGUGGAAAGAUCCUCACGCUGAACUCUGCCCCUGGCACCCUGCACGUCACCUGGGGACACGCCAGACAGCCCUGUCCCCCAGACCUUCCUUUUCCACCCAGCUGUGCUGCCAUGGCGGGCAGUGGGCCUGGGGGCCAGGGAGCGGGUCCUUGCUGGGUGGGAGGCCCGGGUGUGUGGGAAUGCGCGCGCGGCUCUGUAAACAUCUGGUGACUCACCGCAUAGCUAUGUCGUGGCCGGCCUGUGCACUGACGUGCUCACGGUGGAGCUGGAAGCGGUGCCUGCGGCCCCUCCCUCUGACAUGGAAAAGUUUCUCAUGGUGCUUCCAGCCGCCGGCAUUUGCAGGUCCCCACGGUGGCGGAGGCAGCUGGGCCCCGGCCUCUCCACUGUCACCCUCGCCCCAGGGCGGGGUGCGGAGGAGCCUGGAGUCCCCCUGGCCUUCCCCGGGACCGGCUGGUGCCAUCCUGUGCCGUCUACAUUAGCGCCCUGAGAGCAGCCGGCCUUGGCAGGGGCAGCGGACCCAGCAGCCUGGCGCAGGACCCUGUCUCACCUGUGUGGCCUUCUGGUUGUGGGGGUGGGUGGGCUGUGGGGGGGGUGCCCCUCGGAGGCAGGGCUGGAGGGUGGAGGGAUUUGGGCCGAGGGCUCCCUGGCCCAGGGUGUGGGGAGGGUCCUGGGCCGGCAGGGAGGGCGGGAUGGGGUCACCCGCCCCUUGGUGCCCAUGUCUGGUGGAGGUGCUGACCAAGGACACCCCCACCGCCGUGUGCUGCUCUGACGUUCCCGCGGGAACCCGUGUCUGGUAUUUGGGGUAUGGGAGUGGGUGCUGUGGACCGGUCCCGCAAGCUUCCCGGCGCCUUCCGCCUGCCUGUCCCAGCCACCGGGUACAAAUGGGUUUGUUGACUGCCUGCCGGCCUCGUGAUGUCUGCGCAGACUGACCUGAAGUCAGGAUCGCGUUUGGGCUUCUCAGUUUCCAUGACGACCGUGGGAGCUGGCUCGGUCCCAAGGUCGUCAUGGCAACUAUCGGAGGGCUCAUGCCGGGGAUGCUUUGGCUGGGUUUUUCAUGAAUGAUUAGAAUGUGUGACACAAUGCAGACGUGAGGACGGCGGGGGCGGCGGCGGGGACGACUCCCGCCAGACGGUGGAACGCUCGGCAGGGCGGCGGCUCCCCCACCUCCCUGGUCUCUGACUGCGGCCCCCGGACCUGCCGCCCCUCAGGAACCCCACACCCCCUUGGGCUGCAGGGUCCUCGCUCGGGGGCAGCUUAGUUGGAGGUGGUGAUGUCACAGCUGCAGCGGCCGGGGCCGUGGGUGCUGUGACCAUCCACCCCAGGCUGAGGAACGUCCCUGCAUGGGAGGUGGCCGUCCCUUCCGGCGCUGCUGGCCCUGACCUGCGCUGGCUUCUCUGCUUGCCCGUGUUUUCCAGCUACGAGUUCCAGGGAGCUCUGUCCUGGUGACUGUGCCCAGGUUAUGACGACUAAUCCCAAACCGAACAAGACAUUAAAGGUCAAGAAGGAGGCGGGCGAGAACGCUCCGGUGCUCAGCGACGAUGAGCUGGUGUCCAUGUCGGUGCGGGAGCUGAACCAGCACCUGCGGGGUCUCACCAAGGAGGAGGUCACCCGCCUGAAGCAGCGUCGGCGCACGCUCAAGAACCGCGGCUACGCGGCCAGCUGCCGCAUCAAGCGGGUGACGCAGAAGGAGGAGCUGGAGCGGCAGCGCGUGGAGCUGCAGCAGGAGGUGGAGAAGCUGGCGCGCGAGAACAGCAGCAUGCGGCUGGAGCUGGAUGCCCUGCGCUCCAAGUACGAGGCGCUGCAGACCUUCGCGCGCACUGUGGCCCGGGGACCCGUGGCGCCCUCCAAGGUGGCCACCACCAGCGUCAUCACCAUCGUCAAGUCCGCUGAGCUCUCCUCCACCUCCGUGCCCUUCUCGGCCGCAUCCUAGUGCCGGCUGGGGGCGGGGAGCGGGGGGCAGGUGGGCGGGGGCGCGCCCCUCGUACCUGUCACUGGGACGCAGACUCUCGACAUCCGAGUCCAAGCGCAGACCCCUCGGGCGCGGGCAACUCACACCAGGAUGAGACUGUGGUACAGGGUGAAGAGUGGGCUCCCGUGGGCCCAGAGCUGCAUGCCGGUCCACACACACACUCACGCCCGCCCCCUGCUCCCCGCAGGAUGCGUGUGUGUGUGGGAAUUGGCAUCUUGCACCCGUGGGAGUCGGGACGUAUAACGGAAAGGCCCUCGGGAAGUUCCGCCGUCCCUCGCGGGGGCUGCCAGGAGACACGGCCCCAGGAGUCAGGCCCUGUGGUCAGGUCAGCGUGGGGCUUGUUUUCCACUCCAGCUGGGAGCAGCCUUCGACACCUGUCCUGCUGUGGCCUCCCGGCUGGUGCGGGAGCCCCUCGCUGCCCUGACCGACUCCGCAGACCCCGGGAGGAGCAUGGGUGGUGCGUCGGCAGCUCCCUCCUUCCAGCUGUCCUGUUGCAGUUGCCCGUGACCCGCGUCUGCCUUAGUAGGGGCUUGCGCAAGUGGGCGCGGUGUGGGAGGCCGCCUGCGUGGGGUGGUGUCUGUGUGUGUGCACGAGUGUGUGUGUCGCCUGCCAUCACAGCACCAGGGCUGAGGGGGCAGGUGUUCACCGGGGGAGGGCCUGUGGGCACGUGUGGCAGAGAGAGUGGCUCAUACGUCGUGAGGUCUCCCCUGUGCUCUGGUGACCCGAGGAGGUCGUGCAGCACAGCACAGAAGCCCCGCCCACGGGAGCCGGCCCCCCAGACAGUGACCCCGCAGGCCAUCCUGGGCCUCAGCGGACACGGACAGGAGCGUCCCAUCAUUUGAUAGUGAGCAGGACUCAGGCUCUGUGUCCUGGAGCUGCUGCUCGCCAGCUGUGGUCAGUGCAGGGGGAACGAGGAGGUCUUUUGGGGGCCUAGAGGGGAAGGGCCGCUGCAGUCUAGGGAGAGGGGGUGCAGCCUAGGGGACGUUGGUAGAUGUGGACGUGGAGGUGGGAGGGAGAGGACGUUGCGUUGGGUGGCGGGAGGAGGCGGGAGCCGUGUGCGAGAGCUGGUGGAAAGGCUUGAGGGGCAGGACCAGGAUGCGGCUGGCUUAUACAAGAGCUCAGGAGUGAGGCUGGCACUCCGGAGGGCGUGGUGGGCGGGGAGGCGGCAGGCACCAGGCCAGGAGAGCCUCGUGGAUGUGGCUCCCACGUGCACACCCCCAGGAGCACAGCCACGGGCUGCAGGUGUGGCCUUGGCACUCAGUCCUCACCCGGAGCCUUCGCCUGCUCCUCCUUCCCCGAGCACCGAGGCACUGGUGGGCCUGGCACUCCACCUUGGGCUUCCUUUUCCCGGAGUGCCACCUUGAGGGUCCCUGCUGUGACUGGGGUAUCUGCAGCGGGGGUCGCAGAGCCCCUGCCUGGGGGAGCUGGCAGAAUGUGAGCCGCUGGCCGGGGGCCGCCACCUCGGACAUGCAAGGUGGUGCCUCAGCUCCCUCUCGGCUGCCCCUGCCCACGCAGUAACACCCCCACCGGUUGCAGAGCCCAGGGCGGUGCCAGCCACGCUGGGAGGGCGGAGGACAGACAGCCCCGGGGCGGCGACUUGGUUCUGUGUCUACUGUUAGAAGUGAGUGGGAAGCUGCAGGCCCGCCAGGACCACUGGGUCCCUGUGGAGCAAAGGCCUGCGAGUUCCCAAACAGCCGUUGCCCCCGUGGCCGUGGUAGGUAAUCCAUAUUGGAUGUCAUAAGGACCAGGGGGAUAUUUAAAGAGAGAAACAGAAACUAUAUAGAGAUAUAAAAUUAUAUUCACAGUUUAUCUACAGAUUUUUCGUAACAAUCUUUCUUUUCCAGUUUGAUACUGUAAAUCUAUCAGAGCAGAGCUUGGGGGCACGGGCACAGGUGGGAGUUGGGAGCGAACCGGAGGCCCAGGCUGCCCGUCAUCCCCCUCACCACGGACUGCACCAGGCUGCUGGGCCCCCACUGGACAGGCUGCAGCGGGUGGCCGAUUCUGUCCCAUCUUGGGGUUCUUGGUGUCCACGUCUUGCGGGCCGUGGGCGACCACCUGCCCUCGGCCUGUGGUGCUUUGCCGGAGAGGGGACUCCGCGGCCCCCAGGGUGGACGGAGCCGCUGUCACCGCCCAGAGCCGGGCCGGGGAAGCACGGCGCGUUCUGCUUUUCUUUUCGGAUCGUUGAAAUUUCAUUGUCAUGAUUUAAUAUAUGGAUUUUUUUAUUUAAGAAAAAGACGAAGGCCUCUUUGCCGCGUGGGUUUGUUUUCUGUCUCUGUGCCUCCGGCUUCCCAAAGAGAUCCAGGUCUUUGCGUUUCCAGGGCGUGGGGACCCCUGCCCCCCACGCCCCCACACCGCCUCACCCUGGCCUCUGUGCUACUUGGCAGUUCCAUUUCAAUAUUUAUUUUUGUGCUGCUUUUUAUCAUGAUAUAAAUUAUUGAGAACAGAUCACAUGUGGGCCCGUGUCUGGCCACCGCCGCCCUGCCCCGUCCCUGCGGCCACCACCUAAUUUAUUGCCGUGCGUCCUGCUGCUGUGACCGCUUUUGUACCUUUGCAAUAAAGAAUUUUCUGGUUUCAGA